AUGUAAAUAUCAUGCAGUGAAAUGUUAAGCAUGUAUAGCCUUUGCUUCCCUUCCAUCAGUUCUUUAAAUUGCUCCUCUUUUGGUAUCUCUUCCUGGUCUUGCAAAGUGUGCUGACAAGAGAGACUGGAGGUUGUUCCUUGCCCAAGUCUUUAUGUUCAAACUACAGCUGCUUCCCCCCUUAUCUCUGCUCACAUUUUCCCAUUCGGUAAGUUUGGAAAAUUCCUCUCCGAUUUCAUUGGAAAGGACAGGAAAUUCUCUUUGGGAGACGGUUGCCUAUUUCUCGCUCUAGUUUUGCUGCUCACAUCUGGAAAGGAUCUGACUUGGGAAAGGGAAAAUAUCUUUCUGAGCUCAGUGUGUGUAACUGACAUGGCAUGAACUAAGGGGAGCCUUUGGGGGCAAGAGAAACGCUUUUCUCCAUUCAUUUGAUCUCUGUCAACAACGUUUCAGUGGAAAUGCUUCCAAGCAGCAGAUCCCUGCUGGUGCUGUGGCUUUUGGUAUUUAGCUACAACAUGAUCCAUGGUCACAAUGAUGAAGACAAUGAGUUUCUGGAAAAUUCAUCCAAAUUACUGAAUCCAGACCCUAAUUUCCUGGCUCCAGACUGCCCUAGAGACUGUACCUGCACCCAGGAAGGAGUUGUGGAUUGUGGAGGGAUCGAUCUGAAAGAAUUUCCCAUAGAUUUACCAGAGUCGACAAGCCAUCUUUCCUUACAGAAUAAUCAGAUAGAAGAAAUCUUUCCAGAAGAGCUUGCACGUCUUUACAGACUAGAAACGCUCAAUUUACAGAACAACAGGCUCACUUCGAAAGGGCUUCCAGAGGAGGCAUUUGAACAGCUGGAGAAUCUGAAUUACUUGUAUCUUGCAAACAAUAAGCUAACUCUGGCUCCGAAAUUCCUACCAAAUACCUUGAUCAGUGCAGAUUUUGCAGCCAAUUACAUCACAAAGAUUUAUGGGCUCACGUUCGGACAGAAGCCAAACCUGAGAUCUGUGUAUCUUCACAACAAUAAACUUUCAGAUGCUGGGUUACCUGAUGAUAUGUUCAAUGGCUCUAAUAACGUGGAGAUAUUGAUCAUGUCCAGCAAUUUCCUGAAGUAUGUUCCAAAGAACCUGCCUCCAGCACUAUAUAAACUACACUUAAAGAACAACAAACUAGAGAAGAUUCCCAAAGGAGCCUUCAAUGAACUUGCAGGCCUUCGAGAGCUGUAUUUGCAGAACAACUACUUGACUAACGAAGGGAUGGACAAUGAAACCUUCUGGAAACUAUCCAGCCUUGAAUAUCUGGAUUUGUCCAGCAAUAAUCUUUCACAAAUCCCGAGUGGCUUACCUCGAAACAUCGUCCUCCUUCACCUGGAGAAGAAUGCAAUUAAGACGAUUGGCAGAGAUGUCUUGAUCCAAAUUAGAAACCUUGAGUACCUUCUACUUCACAACAACAAGUUAAAAGCCCGAGGGAUCCACCCGCAAGCCUUCCAGGGGCUGAAGAAGCUGCACACUGUCCACUUGUACAACAAUAUGCUAGAAAGGAUUCCCAGUGGACUACCUCGGCGAGUGAAGACACUUAUGAUCCUUCAUAACCAGAUCUUUGAGAUUAACAGGAAUGACUUUGCUACCACUUACUUACUGGAGGAGCUAAACUUGAGCUACAAUAAGAUCACAAGUCCUCAUAUCCAUCGGGAGGCCUUCCGCAAGCUGAGACUGCUAAAGUCCUUGGAUCUUUCUGGGAACAACCUCCACACACUGCCCUUUGGCUUUCCAAAGAACUUGCAGAUUCUGAAACUGAAGGAGAACGACAUAAGCACCAUUCCAAGAAGAGCACUGGCAGGAAUGACAAAGCUGCAGGAGCUAUACCUGAGCAACAAUAAACUGAAAGUCAAUUCCAUUUACAGGGGAGCAUGGAGGGAACUCAACAGUCUCCAGUUAUUAGAUAUGGGUGGCAAUCAGCUGAUCUCUAUUCCAUCGGACUUGCCAGGAUCCCUAGAAUAUCUGUAUCUCCAGAACAACAAAAUCACCAUGGUAUCAGAGAAUGCCUUUGAAUCCACACCCAAUAUAAAAGGAAUUUUCCUCAGGUAUAAUAAGAUAGCGGUUGGAGCAGUGAAGGAAAGUACAUUCCAAAGCCUAAAGCAUUUACAGGUGCUGGAUAUUGAAGGGAACUUUGAAUUCAGUGAUACUUCAAAAAACAGGGAUAAUUCAGAAGAGGAGGAGGAGGAGGAAGAAGAGGAAGAAUCAAGAUAACUAUGAACAUACUCAAGCACAUCAUGUGGAAAAUGUAUGGAAAAUGACAUAUAUUCCUGUAUCUAUAUAUAGAUAUACUGAGAGCACUUAGCGAAAUGUGCGGUGAAUUACACCCAGACUAUUUGUUGUGGCACUGGGCCAGGCUUGAUGAAGACAACCUGUUAUAGUGCUUUAAUCAGGGAGAGACCCUGAAUGCCAUCCUGAAGCUUCCAAUUCAUCUUAUACAAGACUCUGGAUCAUAAGGAAUUGCUCUGGAACUCACAAAAGCUGGCUUUUGUUUCUUCUAUUUCUCUUCCCCUACCAUUUCCAUCUAUAAUAACAAUAUGGGACUGUUUUGAACACAUGCCUUCAGAUGCUGUUUUUGUCACUCCAUUUUAAGUGAACCAUAUAUACGUUUUGUCUCUUUUCUCUCACCCCGAACAGGUGGAUAGUUGAUCAAGAGGGAUGGGUAAUUACAGUAGCUUCAUCUGUGGAGCAGUAUAUGAGGCAUCUUUAUCACCAAACAGCAAUAAGAACAACUAGAUUGGAUUAAUCCAUUCCUCCGUUAAUACAAUAUGUAUAUUUGGAUGAGAAAAGCAAAUUAAGGCUGGAUCCCAUAGUAACUUAUCCCUACUAUCAAAG